CUCCAGUUGCCCAAGGCUUUGUUUCUUUCCUCCUUCAUACUCAAGCCAGAACUUCCAGUAUCCCCAGAAAACAAUUCUUGACUUCGGUCGUCCACUCGUUCGAGUUCAGCUCAUUACAUUCGUUACUUAACUCCAACCCCGAGCCUCCAGCUUCCGGUUAAUUCUCACCCUACCAAACCCAACCCACCCAAACAAAUUCAAAAUGCGUGCCUCCAUCGCCAUUGCCAGCAUCAUUGCUGUUGCUUCCGCAGGUGUCACCGUUACCGACACGGUUGAUGUAACUAUCACCUCCUGCGAGCCGACUGUCUCUAACUGUCCUUACAAGCCUACCUCAACCGGGGACUGGGAAGAUUGGGAGACCACUACCACUACCCCCGUCGCUCCGAUCACCACCACCACUACCACCCCCGCCUGGGAGGAUUGGGAGACCACCACCACCACCCCCGUCGCCCCGAUCACCACCACCACCACCCCUGCUCCUUGGGAGGACUGGGAGACCACCGCGACCACCCCCGUGGCUCCCGUCACCACCACCACCACCCCCGUCUGGGGUGACUGGGUCACCACCUUGAGCACCGUCCCCGUCUCCCCCGAGACCACCACCGGCCCAUGGGAAGACUGGGAGUCCACCACCCCUGCUCCCGUUGCACCCACCUCCUCCGUCCCAGUCUGGACAUACACCAGCACUGGCGUCAAGCCCGCUGAGUUCACCGGCGCUGCCAACGCCAACGCUGGCUCUUUCGCCCUGGCCGGUUUCGCCGCCGCUGCCGUCAUGGUCAUUGCAUAAAUGUCUUAAAGUCCUGGUUCUUGGACUGAAGACGUUUUGAUCAAGCAUUUCACGAUUCUCAUGGCCCGAUUGCAGCAUACAAGAUACCACCACCAAGCGGCAUGUCUGAGGAUGACGGACACACCUAGGGGAUGCACGGAGAAACUGAAUGUGUGUGGCUUUUGUAAUUAAGUGGAAGCUGGACGGACACAGGCCCGCGAACCGUUUACCUUUUCGUGGCCUGACGACAUCCAGUCUCGAUCGGUUGGAGGGAAACAUUCUAUGCACAUUUUUUUGGACGCAUCAAGGAGAUGUUGGCUAGACCACUGUAGCCAACAUUGCGUAAUACCUGUUUUUAUCGGAAGUCUUUGAUGCGUUCAUCUUACUGUUUCCCGUGGGAGUUCCUUGCUCUAUUUCUGUUUCUGGUAGAUCUGGCUUUGCAUGGUGAUUAUUUCGUAAUAUGAAAAAUCC